AUGGCGGCGGCGAUUGUCCUUGUAACGGCGACGGGCGGCUUCCAGGGCGUGCUUGGGCAGGAGGAAGCUGAGGGCUCAUGCAGCGCAAUUUACCGCCAGUGUUCCGCCGCAUCCCUCGCCCAAGUGUGCGGACACAGCGAUGACGACCUACCGCUGAGCUUUGGUCACUCAUUUUGUCAAAGGUUUGAGCGCGGAUUCAACGACUUCACUGGGCGUGGCCGGCGGUGGGUGCGAUCCACAAAGCAGUGCUUGCAGGGCAAACUGGAUGCCUAUUUCCGCUCAAACCCAAACAGCCGUUGCCGCACAUUGAGCGCGACAGAGUUUGAGUCGCACCUGUCAUGCUACACACAGGCAUCAAAGAACGCCUGCAACCUCCGUCCGAUUGACAGGCAGCGGAUACUAGAAAUCGUGACACGCGAAUACAAUGAAUUCCAGACGACCUCCACGAUUCGUCAAGGUCUGCAGACGGCGUUCAGUUGCCUCGGGUCCUUCGGAGCACCCAACAACAGGCAUCAGCAAGUCAAGCCUCUGCUCGGCUUCGGGGCAGGUGUCUGGGACUGGCUUUGGCGCCAUCGGCGGUCAGUACCGUCCAUCUCUGCUUCGAUGGCCAAGUCUGUGGAACAGCAGCUGGCUCAGCAGCUGGGCAUCACGCCUGAAAGCAUUCACAUCACCGUGAAAACCAUGGGUACCGCCACCAACAUCUUCAGCGACCUUGCCAGCAACAUGACGAACGCAAACGCCACAGCACGCGCCCAGGAUGCUGAUGACUCUGGGCCCCACUUUGCGGUUGUCAUUGACAUCUCCGAUAAGCAAGGGCAUGCGGACAGGUUGGCAGCGCGGGCGACUGCGCUCAUUGAGAACGGCGACAUUGACCUUCGCCCCAUUUUUGCCGAUACGGACAUGCGACAGCAUCUUCGUUUGACGGGCUUUGAGGUCUCUCAAGAAACCAUGCUGCAGACGGCCAAUGACAAGGUCGCCUCUUCCAGCUCAACAACACCGACCGUCAUCAUUGUUGGCUCCGUCAUUGGUGUUCUCUUGCUCGUCGUGAUUGUCCUUCUUGCACUCGUGAUGAAGGCGCUCAAGAAACAAGACCUCGCGCGCGACAGGCCCCUCGAGGAACACUUGCUCUGAUCACGCUCGCCGUGUUUGCUCGCGAAGUUUCUUUCUCCAUCCGUUACCAUCCCUCUCUCUGACCAGCAGGGCCAGCAGUUGCCUUCAAGACCAAUCAAUCACACGUGUGAAUAGUGUGAAUGGUGAAGGGCGACUUGUGUCGGGGUUGUUCUGCUUCUGUGUUCUGUCUGUCUGUCCAUGUGUGCGUGUGUGUGCCUGUCUCUCUGUGUGUGUCUCAGUCUCUGUUCCUCUCUCUUUGUUACAGUCGAGGUUGUUACAAUGUUACUUGCUCUCUUGCUCCUUCCUUUGCAGCUGCUUCUCAACCUCAUCCACUUUGCCUCACUAUCGAUGGAAGAAGGAGAAUGAAUGACACAAUGCCA